UCUUGGGCGGCUGGUCCCUCGCCAGAGGUCAAGCUUGCAGAGCAGGCCCCGCGCAACCUGAGCGGGUCAGAGCGCAGCAGCCCCGGUCACCCAGGCGCGGGAGGCGGAGGGAGGGAGGGCCGGAGCCGGAGGAGCGGUCUGUGGGAGGGACGCUUGUCGGAGCCCCAGCCGCGCGGGAUGCGGCUCCAGGCCCGCCCCUCGCCGGGCCCCGCCUGCCGCCCUCGCCUCUAAAGUGCCCCUCGCUCGCCUCCCGGCGCUGUGCUUGCCCUUGCCGCCGCCGUGUCCGCUGCGCGCCCUCCUGCUGCCGGUGCCAUGGAUGCCAAGGUCAUCGCCGUGCUGGCCCCUGUGCUGGCUGCGCUCUGUCUCAGCGACGGGAAACCAGUCAGCCUGAGCUACAGAUGUCCUUGCCGAUUCUUCGAGAGCCACAUUGCCAGAGGCAACAUCAAGCAUCUCAAAAUCCUCAACACCCCGAACUGUGCCCUUCAGAUCGUGGCAAGGCUGAAGAACAACAGUAGACAAGUGUGCAUUGACCCGAAAUUGAAGUGGAUUCAGGAAUACCUGGAGAAAGCUUUAAACAAGGGGCGCAGAGAAGAAAAAGUGGGGAAAAAAGACAAGAUAGGAAAAAAGAAGCGACAGAAGAAGAGAAAGGCUGCCCAGAAAAGGAAAAACUAGUUAUCUGCCACCUCGAGUUGGACCGCAGUGCCCUCUGCUCUUGUCUCUCUGGCGCCCUGUAAAUUUUCUCUACCCCUCCUCCACUGGGCAGGUGCUCAGCCUUCCGAGGGGAAGCAGUGCUUUGCCACCCCUGUGGCCCCACUGGCUCCUGCAUUUAUGUGCUUUUUAAGGCCCUUCCUGAUCCACUAAGGUAUGGAGAAAGUAGUUGUGCAGAGACUGGUGUUGGGGUCUGAGACGUGGAGCCCGCUCAGGACUCUAGGACAGCCGGGACUCCAUCUCGAGCGGCCUGGGGUCUCUGGCAUCACUGGGGAUGCUGAGCCUUCCACGGACACUCCGCCUUCUCUCUCGGGAGGCCCAGGAUGGUUCCGGAGCUCACACAGCUCCAUGAGGCCUAUGCCUCUGCCUUCUUCCCUCUUGUUUUCCUCCGCAGGUUCUGCCCACCACAGGCUUGUAGGGGCAGAGCUGGCUGAGGCCACGCCACUAGGUGAUAACUGACCCCUUUUCCCAACCACCUGUUGCUGGCCCUCCACCUUCUGCUGCCUGGAGUGGGCCACUUCCAGCACUGCCUCCCUGGGCCUGGGCUGAGAGAACAGCUGUACCUCCCAGCAUGGGUGGGCUUCUGCCAAGCCUGUGGGCAGGGUGGGUGGGCAUUCUGUAUUCCCAGGAGCAACUAUGGAAAACCCUGCUCAGGGAGCCUCCGGGCCAGGUAUUUCACGUUGCAGAUUCUUAAACGGGUUCCCAGUGAUGAGGAACAGUGUGGAGGGCCUGCAGCUCCAGGGACUCCUCACUCCUGCUGGGAGAGUCUCCAUGACCCUGUGCUGUUAGGUUCCAGGACACAGCUGCCUCCAUCCUCACUCACGGGAAAAAUCUGCUUACAGUGAACAUGGUUUAAAUUCUAGGACUUUCCUCUCCCCUCCCAGAUUCAUGCCUAAAAUGUCUUACUAAGUAACUCUAGCUUGGACCGGAAAGAGGGGGAUCACAUGGAAGAGCAAGGCCUUGAUGUCAGUAGUGCUUUGAAAAAGGGUGCCUCAGCCAUCUGGACUGGCAUUCCCACCUGCCGUCACUCACCCUGCACCCUAGAACCUGGUCAUAGUUUCAGUACAUGGAUCCAGAAAGCUGAGGUGGUCGGAGACAGAGCAGAUGAACUACCAGGACAGAAAACCCAAGGUCCCUCACUGUCAGACUCACUGUGUGCCCUCAUGCUUCGAGCACUCCUGUGUGAUUGCAGACAGAGAACUGCAGCCCUCCUGCCCACUGAGAAGUGUCCCACUAGGGUGUUGCAGACAGAUGUUAUUGCCGCUGCCCUCCCUUUAAUCUGGCUGACUGUCCCAGCCUGCAGCCCUUUGCUGGCACUGGGAUCGGCAGGCCUGCUCCCACCUGGAUGGCAUCUGGAAGUGUGCUGGGCUGCCUGGGGCUGUUCUCCUUUCCCUGGAAGCCAGCAGCGGUUCUGGCCUUUGGGGCCUUGGCGGGAUUGUUCUGAUCACCCAGAAGUCCCUGUGAGAAAGUCAGACCUGUGUCCCAUGCUCUUGGUCAUUCUUCACCCAGCCCAGAGAGGGAUGGCGAGUCCAUCUGGGAACCACGGGAUGUUUGCCCUCUAGCGACAGUGGGACAAGCUGUUGCUGCCCUAAUGUGACCAACUGCUUCAGUGCUGGGGGGCCGCACCUCCCACUCCUGGGGAUGAAGUGAGCACGGCUACUAGGAAAGGCUGGCAAGCUCCACUGCUGAUCUUGUGACCCCAGUGACCCCACUGGAGACGGGGUUGCCACGGGAGAGCACACAGCCCAGCCAGAUGUCCUGUUCUUCAAGGGGGUUGAAUCUGGGCAGCAUUGGGUUGGGCCAGGUGAGUGGUGUGUGUGGUGCCGGCUGCCCAGCCCUGGCCAGUGUGGCUGGAAGGUAGAAGUGGCUGCUGGUGCUGGGCAGGCAGCCCCAAGGGCCAAGCUGGGCAGGGGCAUUGCGCCUAUCUUGCCAAGUGGCUGCCCUGAGCUCCUCGGCCUGCUGUGCCCGCUGCGUGCUGCACCCACCUGUCUUCACCCUACGUGCUUGCCAUCCACCCUUGCACUUCACCUGGCUCUCUCACUCCCUUCCCCCUCAACCUGCCCCUCUUCCUCCCCUCCCUCUUCACCUGGCCCUCUCCCUCCCUGCCCCUACCCCUGCUGGAGGGUGAUUGGGAGUCAGGAGUGGGGGCCCUGGCCUCCAAGUGGGCUCAGGUGCGGCCUGGGGACCGUGCCUGGGGACCCACCUUAAUGGUGUCUCCCUCUGUUCUUGUUAACAGGAGGUUCAAGAUGUGAGAGGCGCAGGUUGGGUCAGACGCCUGAGGAACCCUUUCAGUAGGAGCCCAGGUCUGAAACCAGUGUUAGGAAGGGCCUGCAGCCACUCGCCUGAGCCCAGGCAGGGCUGAACGCAUUCCCAAGGGCUUUAUUUUGCACAGUUUGCCUUACGUUCACCAUUUGAUUAUGUAGCAAAAUAUAUGGUGUUUAUUUUUCAUUUAGCUUGAUUAUCCAGUGUCACUGGUGACAGAUAGGAACAUAGUCUAAGGCCAUUAUUUUACUAGCUUUACUUCAAUAUCUUUCCAUGGAGCCCCUGGUCACACCAGAGGUUCCUGAGUUUUGUAUCUCUGAGCUGCUGAGGCUGGACCCUAGAUGGAGGGACCUCAGCCACAUCAUCAUAUCCUGAGACCAUCCAGGAGGUGUCAGGACCAAGCAGCAUGGGUAAGCGCUAGCAAAGGCUGCCCUGUGUGAGGGUUGGAGGGGGUUAGGUUCUAGAGGGCCAGGCAGGCGCCUCCCUUCCCUCAGAGUGGAGCCCGGAUCUGCCUCUUUGGUGGGAUCACAGGCCAUCCCUGAGCUGAGGCAGGCAGUGUGAGGCCAGGGUAGGGUGAGAUGUGCCCUCCAUCCCGAGCUCUCCUCUACAUCCCAUCACGUUCUUCUCAUCAUUCUCUCUCUCAUCCAUCAUCAUUGUCUCCAAGAUUGUCUCCAUGACCCUGGAAAAGGACUCUCUCAAGACCAAAGCUUUCAUUUAAACUGGGCACCAAGGAGCAGAUCAAAAUGUCUCGUGUUACCCAGUCCUGAAAACACUGUGCACGUUGUGUCUUGUUUGGAAUAUUGUCUAUUGUCCAAUCCUGUGUUUCUGUUCAAAGCCAGUGUCCCUGGUGCACACUGUCAGUUCCUCGUGUGCAAAGGCUGAAAGUGAGGAGAUGCCCCGCAGGGCCUGUGACCAGGUUUCCGUUGAUGGUGGUUACCUUUGGGGUGGAUGGCUGGUUUCCCUACUGAUCACAAACCCAUGGUGGAUCAACAGAGCCCAAGGGAAUUCGGUUAGCUGCAGUCCUGACCUCUGAGGGUGUCAACCCUUAGCACUUCCAUAGUGGUUAAUAUAUCAGAACUAUAGAGAGCUGUUCUUCAUUGUGCCAAGCCCAGCAUUCUUUGUGGAAUAACAUGAUGAAAAGAGUUCUCAACUUUUUCUUUGGUUUUGAAAACCCAAUCCAUAAAAUAAUCCUAGACCUGAAGAUGUUUUCACCAUUCAAAUCCACCCUCAUCUUUUCCAGCAUUUGGCAAUCCCAUCACCUUACCUUGCAACUGGCCCUGGGCCUUCUUGGCUGCUGCUCUUUCUGUGCUCCCAGGACAGCCAGCAGAACAUUCCUUCCUCUUAGCAAAUGCUGGGAUACCUGGGAAAGUAAGUUAAAAAGCCUGACAUUUAGUUUAUUUCCUUUUCCUGAGAGCAGUUUUUGGAGUUGCAUUAAGCAGUUUAAAAUUUUCACUUUUUGAAAAGGUAGGAAGGCUCUGAGGGUUUUUUACUUGUUUUGUUGCUUUUCAUUUGGCCUCACUAAUACUUUAAUCCUUUGGUUAAAUAUCCCAGUAAAAUUUUUUAAAUUAAGAAGAGAGGGAAAAGGAAGGGUAAAACAAGGAAAUUAUUAAUUGACAGGACACUAUAAAUAACAUGCAGGAAGUAUAUUAGAGUCAAAUAAUCUUGAAUUGUAGAUGCUUUUUGGUUUAAUAAUCUUUGGAGUAUCAGUAACAUGUGUUAGGCAUUUCCAUAAAUAUUCCUUUAAACAGGAUCUACAUAGUAGGUAGAAGGCCAGCCCAUCAAUCAAACAAAAAUUCACAUCCUCAAACCAGCUAUGUUCUAUUGAAAAAAAUAAGAGUAUGGGGGUCUUUAUUAGCUAUAAAAGAUACAGAACUGGUUUUAAGACUCUGUUUUGCAAUUAACCUG